AUGGCGUUGUGGGUGCUGUUGAGGAGAGAAUAUGUCCUCUACGUCACGUCCGGGCCACAUGCCUCUGUCCAAGGGUUACCUGGAAAUACACAUAGCAGUAUAUCGCAUGCAUCACAGAGUGUAUCACAUGUGUCAUCGACAGAGUCAGUUGUAUCCUCGACAGAGUCAUCCUCGAGAGAGUCAGAUGUAUCCUCGACAGAGUCAGUUGUAUCCUCGACAGAGCUAGAUGUGUCCUCGACAGAGUCAGAUGUAUCCUCGACAGAGUCAGAUGUAUCCUCGACAGAGUCAGAUGUAUCCUCGACAGAGUCAGAUGUAUCCUCGAAAGAGUCAGAUAUAUGGACGACAGUUCCAGAUGCGUUGGCGACAGUGUCGGAUGUAUCCCCAACGGUGUCACAUGUAUCCUCUUAUGUACCUGUGGAAAUGUCUAAUGUAUCUCUAACAAGGCCACAUGUACCUUCGACAGUAUCAGAUGUACACUCAACAAUGUCAGAUGUACCCUCAACAGUGACAGAUGUAUCCUCAACAGUGUCAGAUGUGUCAUCAACAGUGUCAGAUGUGUCAUCAACAGUGAUAGAUGUACCCUCAACAGUGUCAGAUGUACCCUCAACAGUGUCAGAUGUAUCAUCAACAGUGUCAGAUGUGUCAUCAACAGUGACAGAUGUACCCUCAACAGUGUCAGAUAUGUCCUCAACAGUGUCAGAUGUGUCAUCAACAGUGACAGAUGUACCCUCAAAGGUGACAGAUGUUUCGUCAACAGAGACAUAUGUACCCUCAACAGUGACAGAUAAACCCUCAAAGGUGACAGAUGUACCCUCAACAGUGUCAGAUAUACCCUCAACAGUGACAGAUGUACCCUCAACAGUGACAGAAGUACCCUCAACAGAGACAGAUGUACCCUCAACAGUGUCGGAUAUGUCCUCAACAGUGUCAGAUGUAUCCUGGACAGUGUGUUAUGGAUUCACGACAGUGUCAGUAGCACUCUCGAACAUGUCAGAUAUAUCCAGGACAGUGUCAGAUGUGCCCUCAACAGCGGAUGAUGUUUCCUCGAUAAUGCCAGGUGUUCCCUCAACAGCGGAUGAUGUGUCCUCGACAAUGCCAGAUGUGCCCUCAACAGCAGCGGAUGUGUUCUCGACAAUGUCAGAUGUGCCCUCAACACCAGCGGAUGUGUCCUGGACAAUGUCAGAUGUGCCCUCAACAGCAGCGGAUGUGUCGUCGACAAUGCCAGAUGUGAUCUCAACAGCGGGUGAUGUGUCCUGGACAAUGCUAGAUGUGCCCUCAACACCAGCGGAUGUGCCCUCGACAAUGUCAGGUGUGCCAUCAACAUCAGCGGAUGUGUCCUCGACAAUGUCAGAUGUGCCCUCAACACCAGCGGAUGUGUCCUCGACAGUGUCAGAUGUGCCCUCAACACCAGCGGAUGUGUCCUCGACAGUGUCAGAUGUGCCCUCAACACCAGCGGAUGUGUCCUCGACAGUGUCAGAUGUGCCCUCAACACCAGCGGAUGUGUCCUCGACAGUGUCAGAUGUGCCCUCAACACGAGCGGAUGUGUCCUCGACAAUGUCAGAUGUGCCUUCAACACCAGCGGAUGUGUCCUCGACAGUGUCAGAUGUGCCCUCAACACCAGCGGAUGUGUCCUCGACAGUGUCAGAUGUGCCCUCAACACCAGCGGAUGUGUCCUCGACAGUGUCAGAUGUGCCCUCAACACCAGCGGAUGUGUCCUCGACAGUGUCAGAUGUGCCCUCAACAGCAGCGGAUGUGUCCUCGACAGUGUCAGAUGUGCCCUCAACACCAGCGGAUGUGUCUUCGACAGUUUAUAACUACGACGUUACCAGGUGGUUCUCCAACAUUGUCAGUCGAAAUCAAAAUACCGACAGGUGA